AUGGCUGGUAUUUGUUGCGGUGUUGUUGGAGAGACUGAACCAUCGGCACCGGUUGAUUCGACUUCUCGAGCUUCUCUUAGACGGAGGUUAGAUCUACUCCCGUCGAUCAAAAUCGUNGCUCCUCCGCUUGAGAGCUGCCGUAAACGUCAGAAACGCGAGACACCACCGUCGUCUCUGCUUUCGACGUUACCGGCUAACGGAAAUCUAGAUCUGGAAUCGAAUGGUNGGAAAUCAGAGAAGGCCGGAUCGGCGGUUACGGUUAAGAAUUCAAAAUCCAGCGACGGAAACAGAGAGCUGUUUCUUCUCCGAUGUACCUAA